UGUCCCUCCCCGCUGGGGAAGGGAGCCCCAGGGCCUCGGUGGGGCAGCAAACAGCGCCUCAGCAAUGCCGGCGUUUCUCGGGCCCGCAGGCCGCGGUCGGUCGGGUGGGUGCAGCGCCGCUGGCGGGCCGCGGUGGCGGGACAGCGGCUGCCCUCCCGGGGGCACGGUUCUCCGGGCCUGGGCGUCAAGUGAGAGGUGGCAGGGAAGGGGUGGCUGUGAAGGAGCCGCGGCCCACGGUGGCAGGCCUCGGGCAGCGAGUCGCCCCGCCCGCGCACGCCCCGCCGGGCACCUGGCGCUGGCCCCGCGCUCGCUCCGGGCGCCUGCCGGGAGCCGCCGCCGGGGACUCCGCGCCGGGCGGGCGGGGCGGGGCGGGCCCGGCGGUAAGAUGGCGGCCAAGGGCUCGCACUCGCACGUGAAGCUGGAGGGGGAGAUCGAGCGGUGCCGGGCGGAGGGGCACUGGGAGCAGCUCCGGCACCUGGCCCAGCAGCUGCUGCCGCCGGCGCGGCCCCCGCGCAAGGCGGCGGCAGCGGGGGGCGCGCAGGACGCCGAGGACUAUGGGAGUAUGCUGCUUGCAGAGGCCCUGCUGGAAGAAUGUUUGAAGGAAAACUUUGCCAAACUGAAGGACUGUAUUCCACUGACAGAGAAGACUGAGCCAAAACUGAGCGAAGCUAAACAGUAUUUGACCAAUAUCUUGAGCAGAGGAAAACUACGACCUAAGUAUAUGACAGAAGCUAUGCUGAUCCUAGGAAAGCUUCAUUAUGUGGAGGGGUCCUACAGAGAUGCCAUCAGCAUGUAUGCAAGAGCAGGAAUUGAUGACCUGUCAACAAAAGAUGAACCUCUGUACAUGCUGCGUUUGGUAACUGAAGCCUUCGUUAUUAAAGGUCUGUCACUGGAGCGCUCAACCAACUCAAUUGCCUCACGUGCUCGACUGUGUGAAAGGGAGGAAGAAGUCAUGGCUUGUUUUGAGACGGCAUGUGUCAUUGCCCAGGUGUACUUGCAGGAGCUUGAAAAGACCCUGAACAACACACAUUCAAGGACUAUCAAAGGCAGCAACGUGACUUACUCUGAGUUUGAACUUUCCUACUUCCUGGAAGCAGCUCUACAGAGUGCCUAUGUGACUCAUCUGAAGAAGGGAAAUAUCGUGAAAGGAAUGAGGAGUCUGCGAGAAAUACUACGGACUGUGGAAACAAAAGCCACUCAGACCUUCAAAAUGACUGCAGCCAAACAGCUAGCCCAAGUACUUCUCCAUUCCCUCAGUGAAGACUGUUACUGGAGCCCUUUAUCUGAUCCGCUUCCUGAGUUCAUGAACAAGGAAGAUCAGUCUUACAUUAGCAAUCUUCUUUGUCGGAGGCCCGAGCUGUACACAGAAGAGAAUGCAUACUGCCCUCAAGACAACGUAGAAGAGGCUCUUCUUCUCCUCUUAAUCAGUGAAUCCAUGGCAAACCGGGACGCAGUGAUCAGCCGAGCCCCAGACCAGCAGGACGACCGAGCUGUCAGCCUCCGGGAUGCUUCUGCAGUCUACGACCUGCUCAGCAUCACGCUGGGCAGAAGAGGGCAGUAUGUCCUGCUUGCCGAGUGCUUGGAAAGAGCCAUGAAGUUUGCGUUUGAUGAAUUUCACCUCUGGUACCAGCUUGCCUUGUCCAUGGUGGCUUGUGGAAAGUCAGCAUAUGCUGUGUCAGUGCUCAAAGAGUGUGCUAAACUGCGACCUACAGAUCCCACCGUUCCUCUUCUGGCUGCUAAGGUCUGCAUUGGGUCACUGCACUGGCUGGAAGAAGGAGAAUACUUUGCUAAAAUGGUGAUAGACCUGGGUGAGGAUGCUGGAGAGUCCCUAGCAAAGGGUUACCUGGCACUGGGCCUGACAUACAGUCUUCAAGCUACUGAUGCUACUCUGAAGGGCACUCAGGAUGAAUUAAACAAGAAAGCACUUCAGACUUUGGAGAGAGCGCGUGACUUGGCCCCAGAAGAUCACCAAAUCAUCCUCUACCUAUCACUGCAGCUGGCUCUUGUCAGACAGAUUUCUGAUGCUAUAGAACAUCUUCAAGAAGCACUGCAGCUGUGCAAAGAUGAUAUGAAUUCACUUCAUCUGCUGGCCCUCCUCUUUUCAGCUCAGAAGCACUAUCAGCAUGCACUGGAUGUUAUCAACAUGGCUGUUGUUGAAUACCCAGAAAGCUUUAGCUUACUCUUCACCAAAGUAAAACUGGAAUGGAUACACAAAGGACCUGAAGAGGCUCUGGUGACAUGCAGACAUAUGUUGCAGAUGUGGCAGAUGGUAUUUAAUGCUUUACAGCACAGUGGCUCUGAGAAAGGAAGUAGUGUGACCGAAACACCAGUGAUCAAAAAGCAUAAUGGACUGCAUCUCACACUCCCAGAUGCUCAUGAUACCGAUUCUGGAUCACAGCGAGCCUCCUCCCUUGCUGCAUCAAGACUGGAACAGGCCAUGUCUGAAAUAACUAUGCAGAGCAGCGCAAUGAAGCAAGGACCUAUGCAUCUGUGGACAGCUCUUGAACAAAUUUGGCUACAAGCUGCUGAACUCUUCAUGGAACAACAUCAUCUCAAAGAAGCAAGCUUUUGUAUCCAGGAGGCAGCUAGUCUUUUCCCCACAUCUCAUGCUGUACUGUACAUGCGUGGGAGGCUGGCAGAGAUGAAAGGCAACUUGGAGGAGGCUAGGCAAUUGUAUGAUGAAGCGCUCACAGUGAAUCCAGCUGGAGUGGAAAUUAUGCACAGCCUGGGCCUGGUGCUGAGCAGACUUGGGAGGAAGGACCUGGCCCAGAAAGUCCUCAGAGACGCCGUCCGGAUCCAGACCACCAGUCACAGGGCCUGGAACAGCCUUGGAGAAGUCUUGCAAGCUCAAGGGAAAAAUGAAGCGGCCAUAGAAUGUUUCCUCACCGCUCUGGACCUUGAAUCCAGCAGUCCUGUCAUGCCGUUCACUGUCAUACCCAGGGAGCUCUGAAACUUCGCUCUGCAGCUAAAUAAGCACCUUCGUUCUGUGGACAAACACCAAAAUCAAACAAAUAAGCAAAGAAAAAGCCCAAGAGAAAAGUGCCAUUGUAACCUGGAACUGGGCAAAAUAAUUCCAGACAGGGCUCAGGUCUACAUGCUUAGUUGAGACCAGACUAAAUGUAGAAGAAUUUGCAACAGGGAGAAAUAGAGAAUGCCUUUUCCUUCACAGGUGCCUGGCUAACCUCCUCUUCAAGUUAAUAGCAAGGCUUAUUUCAGAGUGUUGGUUCAAGGUGACUGUAGAAGGAUCAUGCUAGAGUACCGCUAUCCAAAGACUUGCACCUUUCAGUUUUCAUUAAAGAUAAAAACCCCAAGCCCUGAAUUAAAGCCCAGACCUGCUCUAAACAGGAGUAAAGGCACCAACUCGACCAAGUCGUGCUUAAGCAUGUGGCUGCCUCCACAUGAUCAGGCAGGAUAGGAAUGAUAAUUAAAACAUAUAGACAUGCAAUAUAUGCUGUUUACAAAAUUAUUUCAGCUAUUUUGAUAAUCUUUUUCCUGCCUUGCUUUUACAUACCGCAUAUGCUCACUAUAUUUAGUGUGGUGCUUGCCUAGACCACUUUAAAUUGAAAAUACUUUUAUUUUUAAAAAGCUGCUAUUGCAGUAUGAUUCAUAAAAGCAGAAAGACCAAAGACCAAAUCAGUUCACACUUGAAUUAGUAUUAAAAAUACAUAUAUGUCUCCACUUACAUAUUUAUUGAAAGGCCUUACGUGAAGUACCAAAUUAUAAACUCUGGGUUUCGUUCUUAUUAAUCACCUAUUGCAAUACUUUUAAUGAGGAAUAUAGUGGUUACCAGUAUAUAGUGACUGAACUCUGUGCUCUACUGCAUAACCAUUCCUGGCACAAAACAGUUUCAUGAUGCAAAAGAUGGCAGCAGUCUUUUAAGUGGAAGUAUGCUGAAGGCAGCAUGUGUGUGUAUUAAUACUUCUUUCUUAAAACCAAAGCUUUGGAUUGUCUGUAGAAAUUUCACAUCAGAGGUACAAAGCUGAGCCUUCAAGUGGAGCAGGGCCAUUUUGCAUAUCAUAUCAGAUAUGAAGGUGAAGAGCUCCUCAUCGUGCAGCCUCCUUAUGGCUGGCAUGGCCAGGGCAGGGGACGCAGCCGGCAUCUUCCCCUGCUGAGCUGCUCCUUGGCUCUGCUUGACCUCCUUGGGGCCUCAGCGGCAAGCUGGAGCUGUACCGUGCUCUCACACGACACACAAGAGCCAGUCCCAUCCAGGCCAGUCCCAGGUGGCACGGGACCCAGAUGAUGCAGAAAUGAACUGUGGGCACCUUGCUACACAGAAGGUUGGGGCUCUGCGCCCACUUCUGUCCAAAGAAGAUUUGUGACUAUUUCAUAAGUAGAUUUGCACUAGAACACGCUUUGUACUAUAAUUCUGCCCAGUAUUGUGAUCCACAACUAGUUUCUGGAAAUAAUAAUAUCCUCAGGCGAUGAAUGAGUAGGGGUGGUUUCUUAAAGAGCUGGAGGCUCUGGCAGGAAGCUUGAAGUCAGUGUUGUUCACAGUUAUUUGGAAAUCUGCAGGCUAAUGGAUCCAGACCCAGACCACACCAUCGCAGAGCUCCUGCCCCCCGCCUGCCCUCCAGGCGCCCCGCCAAGGGAAGUACGCUGCCCUCAGCUUUCUCUCGGCAGCCUCUUGCGCUCCCAGGCCAAUAUUUUUAAUUUUCCCCAUUAAAUCACACUGGUGCAAUAGCCCAGCUUGUUUGUCCGUUCACCAAGGGAUCUGGAGUGAAAACAGCCGAGGUGUGAAAGGCGCUUGGCCCGUGAGGUCUCUGGCUUUCCAGUGCCACACCAGCACCAAACUGGGCUUUUUAGGCCAGAGGCAGGUUUCCAAGGAGACAGCGUUACCCAGCCACAUUUCUUGAUUGCAGUAGCUCCAGCAGCAGAGGAAGGAGUAGGUCUUAAAAGUAUCAGACUGAAAUGAGUUUCAUGAAGACAGAAAGACACAGCAGAGACCCAUUUUGCUGUGAAGGAUGCUAUGAAGUCGGUUUGCUCUGCCCUGCAGGGGGGGAAGGGGGAAAGGGAGGGGGGGGAGACGUUGUUCUUGACAUAAUAUGUAAAUUGUUACCUAGGUGCUUUAAACCCAGUUCCACAGUCAGAUGCAAUCUGACAAUAGACUUAAGUAGAUAUAUAUAGAUAGAUAUUAUAUUCCAGUAUUUGUUCUGCUCCACAGUUCCCAGGGUGGGAGCGAGCCUUCUGUGUAAGACACAAAAAGAGUCAGUGUGGUCCAACAUCACUGCUUUCUUGUGCAACGUGUACCUGUAAAGCGCUGCCAUAGCAACUUCUGUGUACCGGGCAGCUAUUUGAGUACAAGCUAUGCAUCUACCUCCGCAGCUGAGGAGCUGCUUUAAGAGGUCUGUAAUGUAGCUGGUCCGUGACCUGGCAGGAGGGUGCCUGUUUCCCAGCAGCAGCUUAAAAGCAAACAUUCACAGACCCAUUUACUUCUGCAUGCGUAGCUUGUGAACAGCCACCAGCCCCAUCAUAUUUGUUGCCAUCAGGCGAACUUCAUCGCGGCGAUAAUCAGACUCACCACAGCGGUCAUCUUCCUAGGAGAGAUUCAAACAUGCCUGAGUACUCCGAGUGCAUCAACCCGUCAGAUGUUGUCAGGGUGGUCCCAUGUUUGUUGUAUGCAUUAAUGAGUGUUACUGCCGUUGGAACUGCAGUCCUAAGAGCCUGUGCUCCCGGUGUGGCAAGGAAGACAUAUACGAGUAAAUGCCGUCAGCAUCAAUAGGAAUUACACGGGUAAGGUACCCUUUACGAGCACAACACACCACAGCCCCUGUGGCGAUUGCAAAGUACUUUACAUGCAUACUGGCCGCAAUCCCAAGAUCUGCUGCAUGCUUCCCAGAGGAUACGAAGCACCUGUUGGCUGGAGGGGGGUUACAUUGACCUGAAAUGCUUUAUGCAGUGCAGGAAGGAGGGUGGUUGUUGCAGACCUGCAAGUAUUUUGGGGGUAAAUCCUCUGGUUACUUUGCUGUUAGUACUCACCAAACCAGAAGCCUUCCCAGGAUUACAUGCUGCCUUCUGUUAUUCUGCAUGGAGUUUGUUCAUACUACCAGGUACACAAAACCAAAGACAACUACUUCAGACAAGCCUAUGUAUUGCGGUAUUUAUUUAGGUAGCAAUGCUGGUAAAUCUAAUGGACCUACUACCCUGAGCUCAGUAAUAUUUCUUUGUAUAGCAGGGAGCCUGGCAGGGUUUGAGACUAAGAACAUAAGAUUUACAUCCCAUCCCUCAUAUGAUUAUUACAGAUGAUCGUAAGUAAUGGAAGUUUGGGGAAGAAUCAGUGAAAUACCAGUUCUGCAAGUUUUAGCACUGACUUGAAUCCAACAGUGUUUUCUCAUUAGUUUAGAAAGAGGAAGAGAAAAAAGCUUCAUUGCCUAAAGGAUCCAGGUGUACACCCAGGUUCCUCUUGUUCCACCACAAGGUUAUUUUCCUUUCUGUUGGCAGGGCGCAUACCAAAGAAAAAUAAUUACCUUCUAUUUUUCUGUUGUGCAGUAAAGAAGUAGUAUUUGCCACUGCCUUUGACCAACCAGAAGGUUUGUAUAUUGUAACAAAAAUGAAUCUGCCUCCAGGAUAACAGGAGAAGCCCAACAAGCCAGGGAACAGCUCCGUGCCGUGCCCCGUGUAAACUGUCAUUAGCACCACUGGAGUUGUUGGUAGUUACAAGCGUUUCCUCCAGCUGAGGAUCUGCCCACCGCUGUACUCAUUCUGUACAGGGCGUACAACGGCGCUGCCAUAUUCCUGCGCUGCACAAGUACCCCAGUCCGUUUCUAUUGGUAACAGUUCAUGCUACUGAUUAUCACAGUGCUUCAGAAGUGCUAAUUAUCUUUCCUUGGUAAUGACUAAUAAAUCCAAAUGGAGAACAGUCCUGGAGGGUGUUUACUUUAAAUUUCACUGGCUGGGUACCAGAGUAGGCACAGCACCAACUGCUGCAGUUAGAAUUACAGUUACUUUAUCCAAAAAAUGUUCCAUUUUUGGAGAGUCUUGGUGAAGACAGAGCUUGGCUGGUUUAUACUUCGUUUUAAUGACAGCAGAGUGGGAAACAGUCCUUUUUAGUGAAAAGACAUCACUGCCAUGAUCUUUUUUCAGCCAAACCAAUAGAGAUUUGUUAGUUGCAGUUCAGCCUAGGAGAGGAAGUCUUGCCAGAGCAACCGCGCUGCAGCGAUAAUUGCCUCUGACGGAAUUGUAUUACAGGCAUAUUUGACAAUUAUGCAACGGGCAUAUAUGUGUAGCUGAGACAUCUCUCCCUCCCCCAGCAUGUCAAAUAUUUGGCUAAGGAGAGCUGCUUUAUGCCCCAGGGGACAACUGCAGUGCCCGUCUAGCUGCCCAUCAGCACUGCCCUGGUGCCUGCUCUCACCUGCGAGGUGGCUGCUGCCACCAGCUGCACGGUCGUGUUCGCCAGCACCCUCUUGCUCGUGCUGGUUUAACCACCCCCCUGGCUGUUCCCUAAGCCUGGCCGCUGGCACUGGUCUCCUUGCUGUGAAGCUGUUGUUCAGUGCUGCAGGAUAUCCGUGCAUGCUCGGAUAAAGAGUUAUUUUCUUAGAAAGGAGAAGCUGAAGCGGCCUUCACUUUGGUGGCGUUGGCAGGAAGGGAGGUAACCACUGACCCAGCAGCUGCUGAGAUGGUUCCUCCAACGAUGCCUUUAAUGAAAGGGCUUGUGCCUUCAGCUCCAGCAAACCAAGGCAGGUUCCCAAGUAACUGGAUGCUAAAAGCUCCAGCUUGUUUCCCCACAGAAACCCAUGCCAGUCUGUAGCUAAAAGCACUGACAGGGAUGCACAGCUUUCGCAUGUACAAGUGUUUCCUACCCGCCUCUUGAAUGCUGUUAACACAGUUGUCGGAACCAGUUUUCCAUGUAACUUAACCUUUUUUGUCAUUGUAAGAUGUUUUCACCAGAUGAAUAAAAUUGACCCUGUGGAAAACAAAAAA